AUAGCCUGUAAAGGGCAAGAAAGUGAUUUUAGAAAACAAAACUGAGCUCACAAAAAUACAUAAGGACAUGUCUAAUCUAACAAUCAUUUUUAAACAUUCAGUCCUACUCCUACUGCACGCAAUACAGAAAGGCAAAAUGAGAGCACCAUCUUCCCAAAUAUGACUUUUGAAGAAACAAUAGCAUUUUCCUGCAAUGCUCACAUUUUUAGCACUGUGAGGCACUGAACAUAGUAAAUAUCUUAAACUCUUAUUACUUCCCCCAUGCGCAUUCACUUCAAAACUCUGUUAUGUCCCUUGGGAUGCCUAACGGUGCAUCUACACUGUAUAAUUAAUAGUUUGACAUCAUUAUAACUGCCAUGGCUCAAGUUGUAGUUCGGAGUCUAUGUGAAAUCAGCAAUAAAUAAUGUGUUUUUCAAAUAUAUGGUAAAUGAAAGGUUUUCAUAAGAUAUGUCAUGUCCGUAUUCUUUUCAUUAUGAGAAUCACAGAACCAUAGAGUUGGAAAAGACCACAUGGGUCAUCCACUCCAACCCCCUGCCAUGCAGGAAAAGCACAAUCAAAGCAGCCCCGACAGGUGGCCAUCCAGCCUCUGUUUAAAAGCUUCCAAAGAAGGAGCUUCCACCACACUCUGAAGCAGAGAGAUCAUUGCUGAACAGCUUUUACAGCAAAGACAGAAACCGUUAAGAUUUGAAGCGGGCGAGGAGUUGAGAGGCGAUACCUCAGAGUUGGUGGUAGUAGCAGGAAAGUCGGCGGGGCGUCCUCGGCGACGAAGCAGAAUGAGUCUGCAAAUCUUGAAGGGAGAAAAUAUUAGUGAUGACAUAGGUGCUGAAAACUGUGCCAUACCCGUCACAUCUCCAGAGCUCACAGGCAGGCCUUCCAUUCUUCGUCCAUCACAGAAAGAAAAUGUUCCACCAAAAGAAAUAAUGAAGUUUAUGAAGGUAACUUUUCAAACUCCUAUCCGGGAUCCUCAGACUCGCAAAUUCCUGAGUCCAGAUGUAAGGAAGAAACCUGAAACUUCUCCUUUAGUAGAUGACUGCAUUCCAAAAGAUCUUCUCUUGCCUCCAGUCAGUGUUGAGAAUCAACCACUACUAAUAACAGAUACUGAUUUAGCAAAAGAGGAGAUAGCGACAGAAGGAAAGCUCAGCUUUGAUUCUCCAAAUGAUGUCAUCCCAGAAAAAAACAGAGCACAUACUCCUGAAUCGUCUGUGUUGAAUGAUCCAGAUCCGUUCAAGAGCACCAGUGGCCUUCUGAAUUCCCCUAAAAAUCAACCAGUGUCUCUUUUGCAAGUUUGCACAAGAAAAGAAGCAAUGGAUAGAAAUUCUCUUUCACUUUGUUCAGUUUAUCUGGAAUCUGCUACUGAAAAUAAUCUGUCUGAGGAAACAAGCUAUGAACCAGCAAGUUCUUUUAACUCCACUUCAUUGCUAGAUAGUGAUUCCUCAAAGCAAAUAUUAAGCCUCAAUCAAGCUAUAAAGCAAGAUUUGAACAAUGCUUGCAAGACUGAGCUACUUUCAGUGGCACUUAUAGAAAAUAAUAUCUCAUCGCCUGUGCUAGAAUCUGGUAGCUUUGGAAGUCUCAGUUAUUGUAAAAGAAAAGAAAAGGGUAAAUGUCAAACAAGCACUGGAACAGAAGAGAAUUCUGUUCCCAAAGCAGCAUAUAGCUUUGAUUUUGAGAAGUUUGAUCCUAACUUCAACCCAUUUGGAGGCGGUUCCAAAUUACAGAAUUCACCUGACUGUGCUGUGCUCACCAUUGAAAGGAGUGAUACCCAAGAGGACAGUGGACUGUUCAAAGAAGCAGAGCAGCAUAAUUUCCCUGAGGAAUCAAGGGCUGUAGAAACAACAUUUGAAAAACAGAAAGAGAUUGAAGAGCAGAUUGCAGCUGAAGAACAGAAUGUAACAAAAGUAGAAACUCAAACUGAACCUUCAAGUGAAUUGAUGAACCAAAGUAUUGCAUCAGCUGUGGUUUUACGUCAACAAAGUUCAUUACAUGAGGCUGCAAAUGGUCUAACACAGAAACCACAUCAGGCAGAAACAGUAAUGAAUAAUGGCAGUUUUUUGGAUAUAGACAAUGAAGAGUUCAGAUCACCCACUGAUGUUCUAGGAAUGGACCUAGAAGUAGAUUAUCUGGAACAGUUUGGAAUGUCCUCGUUCAAGGAGUCUGUUCUAAGAAAGCAAUCUCUCUACCUGAAGUUUGACCCUCUCCUGAGUGAAAGCCCUAAAAAUUAUGUUGAUGAUGUUAAGGAAGUAAAGUCUACAGGAGUCGCACUACUUCAAAAUGAAAAUUCAGUAGCCAUGACAGUGAAUGAAGUAAAAACAUCUGAUGAACAUGAAGAAAAGCCGUUGGUGCUUGAUCUUUUUGGAAUUUCCCCAGAUCCAGUCAAAACUCUACAACCCACCCUAGAUGAAAAGAAUCCUUCAGCAUUCCCUUGUGCUCUGCCCACUGAGGCCAUCAUUGAAGUGCUGAAAUACAGUCAGAAAGACAUGGAUGCAGCUGUAGAAAAGAUUAAGCAUGAGACGGAUAUUGUUGUUAAAAAGCUUACUUCAGAGGUGCAAGAAAAGCAAAGAGAAGCUUUGGAGUGGAAAAUGAAGCAUGACAAAAUUUAUAUUGAAAGUAAAGAAAUGGGAACAAUUGUUGCAGAAUUUGAAGGCACCAUUACACAAGUGAUGGAAGAGUGCGAGAGUCAGAAAGAGCUUGCAAAAAAAGAAUUGCAGAAAGUACUUGAUGAAAAACAGCAAGUUGUAUCUGAUUUGAAAUCCAUGGAGAAAUCUUUCUCGGAACUCUUCAAGCGAUUUGAAAAACAGAAAGAGGCAAUAGAAGGAUUUCAGAAGAAUGAAGAGGCUCUGAAAAAAUGUGUUGAGGAGUAUCUUGCAAGAAUUAAAAAGGAAGAGCAAAGAUACCAAGCACUGAAGGCACAUGCAGAAGAAAAGUUAUGCAAAGCAAAUGAAGAGAUUGCCCAAGUAAGAAGUAAAGCUAAAACAGAAGCGUUGGCUCUUCAAGCCACUUUGCGCAAAGAACAAAUGAGAAUCCAGUCAUUAGAGAAAAGCAUUGAACAGAAGACAAAAGAAAACGAAGAACUCACAAAAAUUUGUGAUGACUUGAUUUCGAAGAUGGAAAAUGCGAUAAUCUGAACCAUCCCAUUUUUUCAUGCUGGUUCUUAAUUCAGACUUGGGAUAGUUAAUAAUGAAAUUUAAUGAUUAUUUUCAUUUGCACUUGUUUAGCUAUAUUGUUUUUCUAUGAAAACUUCUAUAUUCUCUGCUGUUAUUUACAAAAAGCAAAUAGGUGUGUGGCACCAGUCUGCUUGCCAUUAUUUCUGUAAAUAGAAACUAUUGGGUUUUAGGUUUAUUAUUAUUUUUAUUUCCCUGAAAUGCCACAAUCCUGUUCUGUACCACCACAAAAAAAUUUUUUUCUCCUGAGUGUCCACCAAUAGACAUGGGAAGUCGCAUCUCUUCCCAUUUUUAAAGACCUCUUAUGGUUAUGAAAUGUUCUAUAGCAAAAACUGGGUAGAAUUUACCUGCAUUUCGGGGAAUUUUUUGUAUAUCAUGAGGGCCAGAAUAAUAACCGAAGUGCCUCAUACCAGUCCACUCUGCUCUGGAUCAAGUGUUUCAAGCGUUAUUCGAUUUCCGCGAAGAAGGAAUGGGAAGAAGUUUUAACUGAUUAAAAAUAAAAUAGAUUAUAUUAUUUGCA